AUGGCUUCUCAUGAAGAAUGGGAGACCACAGACGUGUUGAUAUGCGGCUGUGGCCCUACCGGGGCUAUGCUGUCGGCGUAUUUGGGGAAUCUAGGUGUUCCAAAUAUCGUACUCGAAAAAGAACCGAGUAUUACCACAGAUCCUCGGGGGAUUGCUCUCGACGAUGAUGGCAUCCGGUUGAUGCAGGGGCUUGGUCUUUACAAGCACAUUUUCACGAAAGUCGGGUCCUACAUGCCCAAGAUUCGGUUCAUCAGCGGUGCACAUCAGAGCCUACACGCAAGACCGUUCCUACAUUUUGAUACAGCUUCUAGUGAGGGAAACACAGGCCAUGUCGGCGUGCUUGCUCACAAACAGCCAGUGCUAGAGGAAUACCUCCGGUCUGCAAUGAAACAGUCUGAUAUUUCUCAAUUGAGAGGUGGCUGCACCUUGACUUCUAUCGUCGAAGACGCGGAGUGGGUAUAUGUGACCUACACUGAUUCAUCCGGCGAGAAAAAGGCCCGCGCUCGAUUCCUGGCCGCCGCAGAUGGAAAGACAGGAUUCACGCGCAAAACGUACCUCGAGCCAAAGGGUAUUAAACUGGAGUGGGCUGAAAAGUCCCGAUACGAAGAGACAUGGGUUGCUCUCAACUGGAAAAUGCAUCUCCCGACAAAGGAGACACACCCUUCUUUCCCGUUGUGGGAUCUUGGAUAUACACCAGAAGAAGUCUAUGACCUCUUUUUCCCGGCUGACUUUCGCUUCCUCUGCAACCCCAAUCGUCCGGCGGUUUGUGGUCGAUUUGGCUGUCCUGAAGACCGCCUCUGGCGCUUUGAGUUUGUCAUUGCAGCCGAUGAGGAUGGUAUCGAAAUGGCUGGAUGGGAAAAGAUCAAAGAAGUUGUGUUCCCGUACUUGACACAUGCUGGUAGCCGUUAUGGACUCACUGAGAAUAUCCAAUAUCCGGAGGAAUGUAUUGAGGUUUUGCGAUCCAGACCCUUUCGAUUUUCUGCGAGAAGUUGCAACAAAUGGGCUCUUGGUCGAGUAAUUCUAUGUGGCGAUGCAGCUCACGUAUUCCCACCAUUUGGAGGACAAGGAAUUACAUCUGGGUUCCGAGACGCCAUUUCCCUUGCCUGGCGCCUCGCUAUUGCUUGCUCAUCUCCCCGAGUGAAUUACGAAAGCCUUUUCAUUGGUUGGUAUUUGGAACGCAAACAACAAUUGGAUAAGUCCCUGGCCUCUACCAUUCGGAAUGGCGAUAUGGUGAAUGGCAAAAGCUUUGGGCAAAUCUUGAUUCGCAACUGGGGCGUGUGGUUACUCCAGCUUGUUCCCAGCUGGAAGCACUGGCUUGAGCAAGGCCCACGCGGUGCUGGUCCAACUCAGUACACAUACUCUGGGGGCAUGCCGUUUAUGCCAGAGUUUGACGGCGGUCUUUGUUUCCCACAGACAUAUUGCAUCGCUCUGGGUCCAGGUGCGGCAGUGCAGUUCACGGACGAUGUCAUUUUCCAGAGGGGAAAGAUAUUUCAAGUUGUCGUCUUACUACAUGCUCUGCAUGAGAUAAAUGCUGCGCGCCAGGAGCUUGAAGAUAUUCAUGAGACGGGGCUGCUUUCAGCAGAAGAUGCUAUCUUCUUUGUUCCUCGUCCUUCAAGCACCGAUCAGUUGGGGGAUACGCAGUCCGAUAAGUGGCAUCGGGUAUUUCGUGCUGCCACGGGCGAUGAGUUUGCUCAGUCCUCGCUGUGCAUUAAUCGCCCGGUGCCUCGAGGCUAUGACGAGAACCUCAUGUGGAAGAGUGUUUGUUCGAAGCGGUAUGUGAUUGUAAGAAUGGAUCGUUUCAUUUUUGCGGCAUGCAAUGCAAAGGCCGAUUUGGUCAAGGCCAACUUCAGACUAGCUGAGAUGUUCGAAAACAAAUAA